AUGGCUCCUCCUGCAGGCCUGCUUCCUUUUGCUGCUGUUGGCCAGUGGUACCUUGCUGCGCUGCGGACGGGCGCUCUGAUUGGCGCGCAGGGCGCCGCACCAGCCGCUGCAAAGCCUCACAGGGGCAAGGUGGAGCUCAAGCAGCGCAGUGAGAAGGAGGAUGCGAUAGAUGCCGAUGCUUUCCUCAAGGGUGUGCACAAAUUGGACUUGCAGCCAGAGCAGUACAGGGGGAAGACCGGGGGGUCCAUCCCCAAGAUCCUGCACCACAUCUUCCUGGACGGCGAAGCCGAGUAUGACAAGGAGGUGGAGGCGGCAAAGGCGGUGGGGUCCGGCUUCCGGCGGGAGUGGCGCGACUCAUGCGUUAGUAAUCACUCAGACUGGAAGUAUAUGUUCUGGGACAAGGCGGCCGCGCUCGCCUUCCUGCGCGCGCACUACCCCUGGUACAUCAGCACCUUCCUCAGCUACCCCAAGGUCGUCCUGCAAGGCGCGUUCCCUCUCUCCGCUCCCCCAGGCGACGCGCUGCGGCCGUUCCUGCUGCAUGCGUUUGGCGGCAUGUAUCUGGAUCUGGACGUGCAGUGUUUCCGGCCGAGCGAUCCGUGGCUGGCGGGCGCGGAUUUGGUUCUGCAAAGCGAGUACAAGGAACAGCGAGACGUGGUCAACAGCGUCAUGGCCUCCGUGCCGGGACACCCCUUCUGGAAAUUCAUCAUAGGCCAGAUGCUCUCGAAAAUGGAGGGUGCCCGCGGCAUGGUGAACUCGGACAUCAUCCUGGAAUCCACUGGGCCGCGCCUCUACAGCGCUGUGUUCCAGCUGUACGCCACUCAGACACAGCUCUCUGGCAGCACCUUUGUGGGCGGCUUCCAGGUGGACAACUCCAAUGUGAGGGUGUAUGGCCUUGGGCACUGGUUUGUGCCAUGCGAGUGGAAUGACCAGGUGUGCCACCAGGCGAUGGCUCUGGGAGUGCACGAGGGGAGAAUGCCUGAAGCUCUGGCCGGCUACCACCAGUACAGCGGAUCCUGGCUCUCCACAGUGCGCAAUGGCAAGAAGGUCUAA